AAAUAUGGUAUUAAUUCCUUAGACUUUUGUGAUGAGUGCCUUGACUGAAAUCACACUUGCACAAACCGUUGGUGUUGAAAAUCACACUAGCUAGUUCGAGAUGGUGAUGUGCACUUGUUUGGAUAUUCGCAUCCAAUGUUUGACACCUUUUCUAAGGGUAAGAUUAUCCUGCAGACGUAGCGUGCGUUUACAUUCAUUUCUUCGUGCUUUGACCGACAAUGACACCUGUGGUUGUUGAUCUUCUAUCUCCAUGCCUGUCUAUAUAUACAUAGAGGCGGGUCAUCCUGAACACAGAGCCAAGCAAGGCUAUGUGUGAUGUGUUCAUCCAAAUACGCGCUCAAUUCUCAAACUUCUCCGCUCGUUGAGGACACCACACUGAGAGAUGGGCUACUGCAACACCAUGCUGGCUUUGCUCACUCUCGCAUCCCUGUGGGCGGCAGAAGCACGAGCCUCAGCAGUUGUGAGGAGCGGGUCUCUUAGCCACCUGACCGUCCACAAGUCCAUGGCCAGAAGGUUGGAGACUAGCAGAUCCCUACAAAGCCAUGGUGCCCGUACAACUUCCAAUGGCACCACCCUUCCCUCGGCUGCCACCCUCGCGGGCUGCCCAACGAGCUGCGGCAACCUGAGCUUUCAGUACCCUUUUGGCAUAGGACCUGGUUGCUUCCGGGGUCCUGACUUCAGGCUCUUAUGCUACAACACCGGUCAGCCCCCUAAACUGUUCUUGCACGACGGCACCACAGAGGUUUCAGGCAGUAUCUUCAGUGACGGCUACAACUCUUUUCCAGUAUCCUUUUCCCAAGCAAUCCCCAUAAGAUCCGGAGUUGAUGUCUACAAUAUGUCAUUCAAGGCCCUAGGGAAUUCCUUAUCGUUUGUCAAAAUAGAAAUGACGGUUCGCGUCAUUGGCUGCGAUUUGGAUGUACUCUUAAAAGAUCCAGACACGGGUUCCUUUAUCCCACUUUGCACCGUUACCUGCCCCAACGAAACGGUUGCAGAGAUGGUGUACAUGCAGGAUUGUGAUGCCGGCGGUUUCUGCUGCGACAUGUUCUCUGAAGCACCUGCUCAAGAUCUUGAGUUCCAAUUCGUGCCUCACAAAAGAGGUGUGACUGAAAAAGUCUCUAAUUUGAGCAUCCUAUGGGAUAGAAUCAACAUAACUGUCAGGGUUCCCCUGGAGUGGACCAUCACCGACCACACAAGAUGCGCCAAGGAAGAAGACAGGAGGAGCACCGCUUGUGUUAGCGAGCACAGUAAUUGUGAGAGUUCGUCUAGUUCAGGGUUGUUUCGGGAUGCUGGUUAUGCCUGCCAGUGUGACAAAGGAUACCAUGGAAAUCCGUAUAUCCUCGAUGGCUGCACGAAUGAUGAAGGGUAUAAUCCAAAACCACUGAAGGAGGAUUGUUCUCUCCGGUGUGGGAACAUUACUGUCCCAUUUCCUUUUGGCCUAGAAGAAGGUUGCUCUGCAAGGAGAUUUUUCCAGCUCAACUGCUCUGACCCAGCCCAUUCGGUCCUCCAAUACAGUGACCUCCUUCGUGUGACUUACAUAGAUGUGACCGAGGGUCUUGUCGGCAUCAAAAUAAACUCGAGUUCUACAGAGGUGGAAUUCAGUUCUUUGCUACCGACGAUGAUGGCAUCUUCCGAAGAACCUAACCUGUUUGUUGACCCUUUCGAAUCAACCACUGUACAGUGGGCUGUUGCUAAUCUAACCUGCCAACUGGCGAAACAAAACGAAUCUGGAUAUGCUUGUGUGAGUAACAACAGCACUUGCAUAAGUGUCAUAAGCUCCUCGGGAGGCUAUGUUGGCUACCGGUGCAACUGCUCAGCUGGUUUUGAAGGAAAUCCUUACAUCAAAGAUGGUUGUCACGAUAUUGAUGAAUGUCAGCAAACAACUAGGAUUUGCGAAGGUCUUUGCCACAAUACUAUUGGAAGCUUCACUUGCACCACACCAAAGAGAAGUCUCAUCCUAGGUAUUAUAAUUGGUCUUAGUUGCGGUUUUGGCAUUCUUCUUUUUGGCUUAAGUGCAUUAGUGCUCAUUCAAAGAUGGAGAAGAAACACUCAGAAGAAACUAAGAAGGAAGUAUUUUCAGAAGAAUCAGGGCAUUCUCUUGGAACAACUGAUAUUGUCCGAUGAGAGUGCAAGUGACAAGACAAGGAUUUUCUCCUUAGAAGAGCUAGAAAAGGCAACAAAUGACUUUGAUCCCACACGCAUUCUUGGCCAUGGAGGGCAUGGCACGGUAUAUAAAGGCAUUUUAUCUGACCAACGAGUGGUAGCAAUAAAGAAGUCCAAGGCAAUCAAGAACGGUGAGAUUAGCGAUUUCAUCAACGAGGUUGCAAUCCUCUCACAAAUAAAUCAUAGAAAUAUAGUGAGACUCUUCGGGUGUUGCCUCGAAAGUGAGGUUCCCUUACUAGUAUAUGACUUCAUCACCCAUGGUUCUUUACACCAAAUUCUUCACGCCGGUUCACGUAGCGGGAUCUCGUUAUCAUGGAAUGACUGUCUAAGGAUCGCCAGUGAAGCUGCAGGAGCCCUAUACUAUCUCCACUCCGCUGCCUCGAUAUCGAUCUUCCAUCGGGAUGUGAAGUCCUCCAACAUACUCCUAGAUGCAAACUACACAGCCAAAGUUUCAGAUUUUGGCGCUUCAAGAUCCGUCCCAAUUGACCAAACCCAUGUUGUUACAAAUGUUCAGGGUACAUUUGGCUACUUAGAUCCAGAAUAUUACCAGACUGGGAGGCUGAAUGAGAAAAGUGAUGUUUACAGCUUCGGUGUAGUGCUUCUCGAGCUUCUUCUAAGAAAAGAACCAGUUUUUACUGCUGAGUCAGGGAUGACGCAGAACUUGUGCAACUACUUCCUUUCAGAGAUGAGAACAAGGUCAAAUACAGAGAUAGUAGCUGCUGAAGUUCUCGAGGAAGCAACCCAGGAAGAGAUUGAGAAAGUCGCCUCCCUUGCAGAGAUGUGCUUGAGGCUGCGAGGCGAAGAAAGGCCUACAAUGAAGCAAGUGGAUAUAACGCUGCAGCUUUUACUUGCAGAAAGGAUGAACUUAUCUCGAUCUGACACAGGAAACGAUGAGCAAGACAUCCAGCCGUUGCUGACAAGAAGAAAUGUCGUAGCUUCUCGGCGGCAAUCCCUGUCCAUUGACCUGAACGACGGGGUUAAUGCUGCAGCACCUCAUAGAAGCUACAGUGGCUGGAGCUUGGAGCGGGAGUUUCUGUCUUCAGCCAGCCUACCUCGUUAGAUGCAUUGUCUGUGUUUAUUACCAGCUAUCAUUCCAAUUUUUGGCUUUGCUUGCUACAGCAAUCUCAAGCAGUCUUUGUUAGAUAGAACAAUCAAGUCUUGUGUACAUCAUAUAUGACUACAAUGACUACAAUCCUUUUUUUUUUAUGAAAUACUAUGUUGCUCUACACAGCACCGUCUUGUAAAAGAAUGUAAUGGGCUUUAUUCGAACCAAGAUAAAUGUUUCAGGCCGGGUGGGUGCUUACAUU